AUCCUUGCGGUAGGUUGUCCUGCGCGCUUACAUAUAAACACGCGCAUCAACCGCGAAAACUUUAGUGAUCACCAAUCCUCCGAAGGAGUGACUGUCAAGUCAGCCCAACGUUCUUAGCUGGACCCAAAUUCAUCGUUUCUUUACGCGAUUGAUGUUUUUUGGUUCAAUUUUUUUUUUUUAAUUGACUAAGAUAGCUCUUAUCGUUGAUUUAUCUUUAUAACGACUGAUAACGUUUUCAGUUAAAUUAAUAAAUUUAGUAUCACUGUUCGUUUCGUGAAGUCAAAAUGCAGGUUUUAGUGAUUAGUACUCUACUUUUGUGUUUUUUGAUAAACGUUUUCCCUGCCCCUAGUGACAGCAAUGCGUUGUUGUAUCUCUCUCAGUAUGGUUAUUUGGCUCCUUCCAGAGGAAAUUCUAGUCAAAUUUUAGAUGAAAGAUCCUUCACAAAAGCCAUAGAAGAUUUCCAAGCAUUCGCUGGAUUAGAUGUUACGGGUGAACUAGAUGAAAAAACAAAAGCCGUUAUGACACUGCCAAGAUGUGGUGUUAAAGAUAAAGUAGGAACUGGUGAUAAUAGAGCUAAAAGAUACGCUUUACAAGGGAGUAGGUGGAAAGUAAAAGAUCUCACAUACAAAAUUUCAAAAUAUCCCAAUAACUUGAAGCGAUCAGAUGUCGAUAAGGAAAUACAAAGAGCUUUUAAUGUUUGGACGGAAUACACAGAUCUUACUUUCACCCCAAAGAAAAACCAAGUACAUAUUGAAAUUAGAUUUGAAUCUGGAGAACAUGGAGAUGGAGAUCCUUUCGACGGACCUGGUGGUACCCUUGCUCAUGCUUAUUUUCCAGUCUUUGGUGGGGACGCCCACUUCGACGCUUCAGAAGCUUGGUCAAUUAACAGCUAUCGAGGAACUAAUCUCUUUCAAGUUGCUGCUCACGAAUUUGGACAUUCCCUUGGUCUAAGUCAUUCUGACGUUAGACAGGCACUUAUGGCUCCAUUCUAUAGGGGUUAUGAACCCAUCUUUAGUUUAGAUACUGAUGAUAUUGAUGGAAUUCAAGCACUUUAUGGAAAGAAAACUAAACAAUCACCACCGAAGUCUUAUGAUGACGACGAUCAAGAUGGAGGUUAUGACCAAAGUCACAAUGUACCAAAAACUACUUCCCGUGGAGGAUUUGCUGAUCAAAGUUUAUGUGACGAUCCUUCCUUCGAUACAAUUUUUACAUCAGUCGAAGGUAAUACGUAUGUGUUCAAAGGUGAUCAGUAUUGGAAAUUAACUGAAGAUAGCAUCGCUCCGGGAUAUCCCAAAAAAAUUUCUAGUACCUGGGCGGAAUUACCUGGUAAUAUAGAUGCUGCUUUCACCUAUAAAAACGGAAAAACUUACUUUUUCAAGGGAUCAAAAUAUUGGAGGUACAAAGGUACGAAACUUGAUGGUCUUUACCCUAAGGAUAUCUCUGAGGGCUUUACUGGAAUUCCCGAUGACAUUGAUACUGCAUUGGUCUGGAGUGGUAAUGGGAAGAUAUACUUCUACAAGGGUAGUAAGUUCUGGAGGUUUGAUCCAUCUCAGAGGCCACCUGUGAAGAGUACUUACCCUAAACUCAUUUCCAACUGGGAAGGAGUACCAGACAACCUCAAUGCAGCAUUUCAAUGGACUAAUGGUUAUACAUACUUCUAUAAAAAUAAUGCUUAUUACAGGUUUAACGAUAGAGCCUUCGCCGUAGACGUAACCAUUCCAGCAUUUCCAAGGUCUACAGCGUACUGGUGGUUCGGUUGUAAAGACGCACCUGCUGGUACCAUCGGAACUAGUGAGUCAAUCAAAGGAAUAAUUGAUGAAGAGAGCUCAGAUACAAAAUUUUUGGAUGCUUCCAAUGACAGUGAUACAGGUAGUAAAAAAAUUUUGAGGCGUGGGGACAUUUUUGGUUCAGGCUAUUUAUCUUUAAAAUUACUAAUCGUCUUCCAAAUAUUGGAAAAAUACCUUAAACGACAGCAAACCAGCUAAUAUGUUCCGUUAAUAUUUUGAAUCCCUGAAUUUUAUUUUUCAUCGACAAUUUGGAAGAUAAUUGGGUAAUUUAGAUUUCAGAUUAUCUAUUUGUAGUUGAAAGAGAAUAAAUAUUCUAGGUAGUAUAGUUUGGUAAUGAGGAAAAUUUAUAUUUUAAAAAUACUUGAAAAAAAUUAACCGAUUUGGGCCAUAUAUCAUAAUCUUCCAUAAUUGAGUUAAAAUCAUGAUGGGCUAAUACAAUAGCACUGCUCUAAGUAGCUCAUAUAAAACUAGACACCUGAUUUACAAAUAAUCAAUAUCAAUAAGACAUCAUAUACGUUUGCCUGCCAAUUGAGGAAAUAAUCCAAAUUGAACAACUGUAUCAUGUUGAAUAUCAAAUAAGUAUAGUUUCUCCACUCAAGGUUCAAAUUAAAAGGAAAUUAUUCUCGACUUUACUGUAUGACAAUUUGCGUUUUAAAAAGGGCACUGAAAUUGUUUUCACAUAUAUUCAAAUAAAAGGUUUCUAUGAUAAGGUUUUGAAGUCCCUUCAUAUUUCAUGAAUGAUACAUUAUUUUUGCUGAUGGAUAUUUUCGACAUAGGCUACAUUUCUAACUUUCAAAUACAAUAGGUAUUGCUUUUUAACGACACCAUUAAUUAGAUUUCUAAAAUAAUAUAUUCAUCCAACCUUAAUUAUAUGUCAUUCUUGGUGAUUUUAUUAUAUGGGCUAAUUGGGGUAAUUCCGCUUUUUAACAUCCUACUGAUCAAAAACUAUUAACCAGCAAACAAUAAAAUCAUCGCUGAAAAAGGGGUUAGGGAAGUUUUCUUGAAAUGUGGGAGGGUCAAAUAAACAAGCUCUCUUCAUCAAGUACGUAUACUAUUCAUGUAUAUCCUUUUAUAUUGCUUUUAGUGCAUGUUUCGCUUGUCAGUGCUAACAAUAAAUUCGACUAAUAAUAUGCAUAAAAUGCAAUUCUAAAUCGCAGUUAAUUUGACUUGAUGAAUUCGCUACAGCUCUCCUUGAUAUUUGAAUACUAUAAAUAAUAUUAACUUGUUUUAGAAUUUAUUAAGAAUAACAUAAAAUAUUUGCUAAAAUAAAUUUAAUCAGUGUUGCCAAGAAACUUUAUAUUGAAAUUUUUGGAUACUCCAACAGAUUUCUUGAGCUUGAAAAUUUAGAAUUGCAUAUUUAAUAAUGCGCCACUCAAUCAAAAAAUAAAUUAAUUUUCAUUUGAUAACAAUAAGGGUACAAAGUAAUUUGAUAAUAUUCUACACUGUUUAAGUAACUUUAUGUAAAUAUAUUUAUUGCUAAACGCACUGCUGUAGCUGUAUAAACUAGUUAUUCACUGAAUCACAUUAAUAUUAUUGCUUAUUAUUUAUAAUGAAAAAGAAUGUGUGCACGGCUGACACCUUAGUCCUUUAGGGCAUGUUAACAAUGUAAAUACACUAUUUAAAUAGUACAUAAUAGUAAACUGAUCAAUUUAGAAGAUGCCAGAUAAAACUUUGAAUAUACUUGGAUACAAUAAUCAAAAAUAGUAAAAUGUGUAGAUUAAUUCAGGGUAUUAUCAGUUUGGUCCUUGAAUCAAUUAUUUGGAAUGAUGAGACAUUCUGGUUUAAGAGAAAAUGUGAAAUUUAACAAACAACUAUUGAAUUCAACAGUUUACAUUCUUAGACUAUUGAAAUAUUUAUCUUUCUCUCAAAAAUAUGACAUUGAUAUUGUUUUAAAAAUCACAUUUAAACUUUUUACGAAUAUUCAAUAAAACGGACAAUUUCAGAUUGUGUUUUUUCUCAAAGUAGCAAACUGUGUAUCUUCUUAUAAAUAUGUUAUUUUUGCCAGUCAUAAUUUGACCACCAAUUGAAUAUUAAAAAUCAAGUAGUUUCGUUUUUUGACUAUUGUAAUAAAGUUUGUAAUUUACCCCAUUGAAUAUCAUAUAUGCCAUGUGAAAAUUAUGGAAAAUUCAGUAUUUUCUAAAUACUAUUCAAUACAAGAAAGUGCAAUCUUUUCUCCAAAUAAUUGACAAAGCGACUAAUCUGUUAACGAAUUCACACUUAAACUUCAGAGAAACUCCUUAGACUAUGAAGAUCACAAAGAAUCUAAUUACAUUGGAAACUUACCCCUUGAAUGAAAAUAUUGAGAUUAUUUGUUGAUUACUGCCAUAUCUUCCAGUCUAGGAAGUUUAAUCGAUGCAGAUAAUUAAACUAUUUUUGAUUGAGAACAAUAAUAUUCUAAUGACAAGUAAAAUGUAAUUGUAAUGGAUUUAUUUUAUGAAAUCAUAUGUAUAACAUAACACCGAUUUGCAUUAAUUUCUAUCUUCCUCUAGUAUUUAAUUAGAUUCAUCAAUAUAUCGUACAUUGAAAACGAGGGCUGUUUUUCUUUCAAUAUCGGUUUGUAUCAUAAAGUAAAGUACAUACCAUACAUUUGUUGUAAAGCUACGCCGACCCCUUGUUACAGCUACUGCUUGCUCCAAUCUCUUAGUUGUUAACGAGUUAAAGGCGAAUAACAAUGGAUGCUAUUGUGAGUUGUGAACUCUGAUUGCUUUUCUUCAAGCUAAAGAAUGCAGUCCCAAUAAAGUACUUUUGUAGUGUGUAUGGUGGGUAUGGUGAAUAUUGUAUGAGAGAUAGUGCUGUGAAAUGUGCAUAAUGGUGUAGAAAAUUUGCAGAAGGUCGAACAGAUGUCCAUGUCCGAGGUGGUCAAGUCUGUUACUUUGGUUGAACAAGGUAACAAAGUGAUUUGGAGUACAGAGGUUUGCAUUUAGGGAACUUUCCACAGAAUUUCCAGGCUGCUAUGUAUAAAAUGUUGAGAGAAAGCAACGAAAUGAGGGAAGCAGUUUAUUGAAAACUACUUUCAUUAGAGAUAGGACUUGGGUGUUGUGCGGCAACGCAGAUACCAAAAAAACAGUUAAGAAAAUGGAUCCUUACGCUCAAGAGGUAAACAAUGGCUAUGUUAUAAUAGAAAAGUGAAGAAGUAUAAUUUCAUCAAGCUGGUCACUUCUUAUGACUUUAUCAUCUUGUUGUCUGUGUCUUAUUUAUGACAUAUCGGAGCAUGAAAAAAAAUGGCCCUGGUAUUUCAAUUUUAGAAUUUUGUCUUGCCAAGUCUUUUAUGAGCUAUUCCACAUACAUCAAAAAAUGUUUUAUUCGAAAGUCGAAUGUUGCUAUGCCGAAAAACGGUCGACAAAUACAAGUGAAAGAUAAAAAACUAUUCCAAUCUAAGUAAAUAACAAAAUACUUUUGAAUGAUACUUAAAUAUAUUGACCUUCGUGUUUUGUUGAAAUCCAUAAAAUAAAAUCAUUAUAUAAUCAUUAACAUUGUAGCUUUAGAACUGGUAUCAGCAGUAGAGUAGCUUUCUAAGUAUUUCUAACUGGAGUUUUAGGAAAACCAUAUCAGUAAUUAGUUUUCGUUUUAUGUUUUACAAGAUUAACCUGUCUGUAAAGACGGAAUCAUCUAUUUU